ACUGAAUAAAUAAAGGCUGGGGUGUGUCCUUCCAGGAGUAUAUACAGUGUAAAGGUCCAGCCUUUCUUCAGAGGCUCUCAAAAGAUUGAAGUUCAGGCACCUCUAGCAACACAAUAUUCCUGCUGAGUAUAUACAGUGUAAAGGUCCAGCCUUUCUUCAGAGUCUCUCAGAAGAUUGAAGUUCAGACACCACUAGCAGCACAAUAUUCCUGCUGUUCAUACCAGGACAAAUGAAGCACUGAAAGUCAACAGUGAUCCUCAGAAGAACAGAUCGUCUUUGACCAUCAACCCUUGAUCUCAUAGGAAACAACUGACCUCGUCAUUGUUGCAUCAUUGUACAACUUUUAACCAGUAUCAUGAGUUUCCUGUGGUCAGGUCUUACAAAAAUUAAAUCAACCAGUUUUGGAAAAAAUAUUGCUGAAAAGCAUCAAAUGUUGGUGAGACAGAUGUUGCCAAGACAACAUCAAAUGUUGCCGAGGGAGAUGUUGCCAAGACAACAUCAAAUGUUGGUGAGACAGAUGUUGCUGAGACAGCAUCACAUGUUGCUGAGAGAGAUGUUGCCAAGACAACAUCAAAUGUUGCCGAGACAGAUGUUGCUGAGAAAGCAUCAAAUGUUGCUGAAACAGAUGUUGCUGAUCCAUCAGAGCCAACAGAGACCAAACGACUCGCUGAAGCUGUUAGACAAAAAAGUAUAAAACUGAAACUAUAAACAGGGAGUCCUAAAGUUUAUGCAGUUCCACUGAAACAAGAACAGAUCUCUAUAAAUUGAUGCAAAUGUUUUAAUUUAGGGAAAAAAUGCAUGAUACCAUCAUGGAUCUUGGAGCCACUGGUGCAGGGAAGUCAACUCUCAUCAAUGGGAUGAUCAAUUACAUUCUGGGUGUUAAAUGGGAAGACUCAUAUCGGUUUGUGUUAGUGAAUGAAGAUCAGUCAUUGUCACAAGCUCACAGCCAGACUCCUGAAGUCUACCACCAAGAGGAUAGACUACUCACUGACCAUUGUGGACACUCAUACAAUCAUUUAGCAAACACCUUUUCCAAAGCUGACCCAACUGGAAGGUAUUCAAACUCUGGUCUGCCACAUACAGAGACAGGGAACACAGAGCAGAUAUGUAAUCUCUUUACUGCUCAGCCUGGUGUCGCUGAAAUUGAUGCUGUGUGCUUUGUAGCUCCGGCUUCUUUAGCACGACUCACACCGACACAGAAAUACGUCUUUGAUUCAGUUUUCUCAAUCUUUGGGAAAGAUGUGGCAGAAAACAUCAGGAUUCUGGUGACAUUUGCAGACGGGCAGCGACUACCAGUUCUACAGGCGAUCAGUGUAUCAGGAAUCCCAUGUCCUAAAGAUAAAGCUGGGAGUCCAGUUCCCUUUAAAUUCCACAAUCUGUUUGCAGACAAUAAACCACCUGCAGCAGGCAGAGGGGGUGGGGACGACUCAGAUGAAAACUAACAUGUUUUGGAAGAUGGGGACAAAAAGCAAGAAAACAGCUGGAGGUUUAUGUUGAAGGUCUGCAGAAGCAGACUUGGUUCAUCCAAGAUGGAAGAGAUAAAACAGACAGAACAAAUACAGAAAGAUCAUGAAGCAGAGAUCAGCAGAAAUGAGAAGUUUGAGUUUGAAGUCAGUGGGAUGAAACCCUUUCAAGAGGACAUCUUUGGUACAGGAAAGUUCAUCACCAACUGUCAGACACCUGUCACUAUCCUUGUAGCAUAUAAAGAAGGAUGUGCUGCAAUGACAGAUGGAUACUGUCGAGUGUGUCCAGGUAGAUGUGUCUGGAAUGUCCAUUUUAAUCAGAAGUACAGAUGGGA